CUCUUGGAAACCUGCCGUUGUUUUCCUCCCUUCCUCUCUCCUCGUUCUCGCCAACCUCUCUUUAUAACCAUCUCCUCCUUCACUUGCUCUCUCACACCUCUCUCUACCUCUCCCUCUUUCUCCCCUGAGUGGCAAGAUUCACGGCAGUGCACCGCACGAACAAACUGGCUCUAAAACCCAUGGACUCUGCGACUGUGAGGAGACCCUGUUUCAUCGAGGAAGACGACGGGCUGGCCUCUCUGGCCGAUAUGGAAGCUGGGGUCUCCGGGAAGCAAUGCAACUCGUUGGUCUCUCGGCCUCUCUGCUCCGCCAGGAGUGGCUUCAGGAACGUCUCUGCCGACUCUGUCCCGUCUCCGAGAUCUUCGAGGUUCUACAAUGCCAGAUUCGAGGAUCACCAACCCCAUUUCUUGGAUUCCUGUUUUCUCUGCAAGAAGCCGCUCGGGAAUAACAGAGACAUCUUCAUGUACAGAGGGGACACACCAUUUUGCAGCGAGGAGUGCAGGCAAGAGCAAGUAGAGAUGGACGAGGCCAAGGAGAAGGAGAAUAACUGGAACCUCUCUUCCUCCAUGGAAGCUCUGAGGAAGAAGGACCAGAGGAAAUCGACCUCUCCAACCAAAGCCCAGGGCUACGCUUUCCGUCCGAGCACUGUCGCAGCUGCUUAGAAAUCAAGACGUCACUUUUUUGCUCACUUAAUCAUCACAUAAAUACAUAUGAACAAAGAAGCUGUUUCCCAUAAACCAUGAUCUGUGGCUGACAGAGGAGGGGCCAAGGAGAGUAUAGCAGGAGGAGGAGGAGAUAAAAGAUGGCGAUCCAACAAAGCAGGCGCAAAAAAAGGAAAUCAAAGAGAUGGGAAAACGAGGACGAGGACCCAUUUCGACGGUUUCUUUUCUCGAUCGUGGGUGUAUAAUUUUGAGGGGGAUGAUGCGAUAUACAGAGAGGUUGAGGUUGUGGUGUUCUGGGAAUGUGCACAAUGAGAUGGCUCUGGCUUUUGGCUUCUGGUU